AAUCUGUCGCUCCCACCACCAUCUUCACCACACACGCGAAAUCUAGUAUGCCAAGAUGGCUGCCCAAGUUCCCACAGAAGCUUUGAAGAAGCUCAACGUGGGAGAGCCUGCGACGAACGGCAAGGCGGCGAAGCCCGAGGAGGGAAAUGGCGUUGACCACGACAGCGACGACUCAGAUGAGGAGGGCGAGGAGGUAGCGGCGCCUGCCGCCGGCGGCGCGGCCAAGAAGAAGAAGAAAAACAAGAAGAAGAAGAAGAAGAAGUCCCCGACCGCCCAGUCCGACCCGCCUCGCGUGCUCAUGUCGUCGCUAUUCCCCAACAAGAACUACCCUAAGGGCCAGGAGGAGGAGUACCGCGACGAGAACCUCUGGCGCACGACAAACGAGGAGAAGCGGCAUCUCGACAACCUCAACAACGACUUCCUUACCGACUACCGCGAGGCCGCCGAGAUCCACCGCCAGGUCCGCCAGUGGGCCCAGAAGAACAUCAAGCCCGGCCAGACUCUCACCGAGAUUGCCGAGGGCAUCGAGGAUGGCGUGCGUGCGCUGACCGGACACCCGGGAAUCGAGGAGGGCGACGCCUACAAGGGCGGCAUGGGAUUCCCCUGCGGCCUGUCUCUCAAUCACUGCGCGGCUCAUUACACGCCCAACGCCGGCAACAAGAUGGUGCUCUCGCAAGGGGACGUCAUGAAGGUCGAUUUUGGCGUGCACGUCAACGGACGUAUCGUCGACAGCGCCUUCACCAUGGCAUUUGAGCCGCAGUACGACAACCUGCUGGCCGCCGUCAAGGACGCGACCAAUGCCGGUGUCAAGGAGGCCGGCAUCGACGUGCGCGUCGGAGACGUUGGAGGCGUCAUCCAGGAGGUCAUGGAGAGCUACGAGGUGGAGAUUGACGGCACGACGUACCCCGUCAAGUCGAUCCGCAACCUCAACGGCCACACGAUCGAGCGCUGGAGCAUCCACGGCACCAAGAGCGUGCCAAUCGUCAAGAGCAACGACACGACCAAGAUGGAAGAGGGCGAUGUUUUCGCCGUCGAGACGUUCGGCAGCACGGGCAACGGAUACGUUCGUGAAGACAUGGAGGUGUCUCACUACGCCAGACGUGGAGAGGGCCACGCCGCGCUGCGUUUAGACUCGGCUAAGAGACUGCUGAACGUCAUCAACAAGAAUUUUGGCACGCUGCCUUUCUGCCGGCGGUACUUGGAUCGUCUGGGACAGGACAAGUACCUUUUGGGAUUGAACAAUCUCGUGUCUAGCGGCAUUGUCGAGGCCUACCCGCCCUUGUGUGACAAGAAGGGCUCCUACACUGCUCAGUUCGAGCACACGAUCCUGCUCAGGCCAAACGUGAAGGAAGUAAUCAGCCGAGGAGAGGACUACUAGGCGGUGUGGAACCUGGUGAAGGAUGGGCAUUGUCAUGGGUUUCUUUUCACUCAAUCGAGACUAUCAUUCAGAUAUAUAACAAAAAUCCAAGCAAUCGAAUCCAAUUACCGGCGGACAUAGUGCUCAUGCAAGGGAACCAAAGCUUGCGAAGCCAAAGCAGAUAGGCAUGUGUAGUAAAGUUCAUUGCGUGGGAUAGCAGCAUGCUAAGGCUCGUAAAUGCGUUUUGAUAACGGUUAUAUUGACUUUUUCUCAUAUACCGAGUUCGCUGUUUCCCAAGGACACCUCAAGCCUGUAUACAUCUGCCUUGCAAUACGAGCUUUGCUUGUCGAGAGAAGAUGAGCUAUGGUCCGCCAAAUAACGCCGAAGCCGUGCCCAUCAUAGCCUCACGCCAGAUUUGGAUUUAGACGGUGUACAAAAAAGACUCAAUGAAAACUACACUAAUGGUGAUCGAGGUCAUAAUCCACUUGAACAGCCGCGGCCCUAUACCCGGAAUACCCUCCCGUACCCGGAUCGGAGACGAUUCCCGAAAUGACGGAGCUGUCAUCAUGACCGGCGCGGAUCAUCUGGUGAAAGCAGGACCGGUAUGCUUCGACAUCCUCAUCGAUCACGGAAUCCACGCACAUCUGUCUCCUCACCGAUCGAAACCCCGGAUGAU